UAUUGUAGGCCAUAACAAUCGAUUUGGUCUGCAAUUUCAGCUAUCCGAAACUUCGCGAAGAAGGAACCAGUUACCAGUGGUACCUUCUCGAAAGAACGUCUCUCGUAAAAACACUAGCCAGUACCGGAGGAUUGCCGGUAUACAUGUGAGUGCGCGAAUUAGUAUCGAGCUCUUUAACAAAAUAUCAACAACAAUUAUCGUAAUAGCCUGUUUAAUAUUGCCGUUUAUAUAUAUAAAACGAGGAAGCUUGUCUUUUGAGAACCUGGAAGCUUCACCUCCAACGGGAGCAUGAUCGUUGUGAGCAACAGGUUGCCGUUCGUGCUGAAGAGGAACGAGGUGACCGGUCAGCUGGAACGCAAGGCCAGUGCCGGAGGUCUUGUCACAGCGGUAGCACCGGUGGUUAUAAGCGGAAAUGGAGUCUGGGUCGGAUGGCCGGGUAUGCACAUGGACAACCCGAAGGAACCGAUCCCCGAGUCCGAUCCUAACGAUCGUACACCGACUGCUGGCCUUCUGUCUCGAAAGGUUGUAGCGGUGCACGUUGAACCGUCUGUCUUUGAUUCGUACUACAAUGGAUGUUGCAACGGGACCUUUUGGCCAUUGUUUCACUCUAUGCCUGAUCGAGCGACCUUCAUCGCGGAGCAUUGGCGGGCGUAUUCCGCCGUCAACGAGGAAUUCGCUGCGAAAACGGUUGCCGCACUGGAACAAAUCCAUAAAGAGCAAAAUAAUCAACCGAAUGGCACGCCGUUGGUCUGGGUGCACGACUAUCACUUAAUGUUAGCAGCGAACUGGAUUAGACAAGCUGCCGAUGAGAAACAGCUCAGGUGUAAAUUAGGUUUCUUCCUUCACAUCCCUUUCCCACCAUGGGACAUCUUCAGAUUGUUCCCAUGGGCUGAUGAAAUACUCCAAGGAAUGCUUGGUUGCGACAUGGUCGGUUUUCACAUUCAGGACUAUUGCCUGAACUUUGUCGAUUGCUGUCAGAGAUGUCUCGGAUGCAGGGUUGAUCGCAAGAAUUUACUGGUGGAGCAUGGUGGAAGAACUGUACGAGUGAGACCACUUCCCAUUGGUAUCCCCUUCGAUAGAUUCGUUUCGCUGGCCGAGACUGCCAGCAAGGUCAUGCUGACCAACCAGAAAAUUGUAUUGGGCGUUGAUCGUUUGGAUUAUACUAAGGGCUUGGUCCACAGACUAAAAGCUUUUGAGCUGUUGUUAGAAAAGCAUCCGGAACAUCGUGAACAGGUCACUAUGCUACAAAUUGCUGUGCCAUCGCGUACUGACGUCCGCGAAUAUCAAGAUUUGAAGCUUGAGAUGGAUCAGCUAAUCGGUCGUAUAAACGGUCGGUUCACGACACCGAAUUGGUCUCCCAUUCGUUACAUUUACGGUUGCGUGAGUCAGGACGAGUUGGCAGCGUUCUACAGGGAUGCUGCAGUUGCUCUGGUUACACCACUUAGGGAUGGUAUGAAUUUGGUCGCCAAGGAAUUCGUCGCCUGUCAGAUCAACACACCACCCGGUGUGUUGAUCGUUUCCCCGUUUGCUGGAGCUGGAGAGAUGAUGCACGAAGCCCUGAUCUGUAAUCCCUAUGAAAUGGACGAAGCUGCUGAAGUUAUUCAUAGAGCACUUACUAUGCCGGAAGAUGAACGUACAUUAAGGAUGAAUCACUUAAGACGCCGCGAAAGGAUCUACGAUGUCAAUUAUUGGAUGAAAUCCUUCCUGCAAGUAAUGGGUUCGCUGGAGGAGCACGAUUCAGUGGGUGCCACGACUAUGCAACCGGUUACCAUGGAUGAUUUCGAUGAUUACUUAAGCAAGUCCCCUAGGUACAUCGGCGAUAAUCACAAAUUGGCUCUCCUGCUGGACUACGACGGCACUCUGGCUCCUAUCGCCACCCAUCCGGAUCUCGCCAUUUUGCCCCUCGAGACGAAGAACGUUCUCCAAAGGUUGUCGAACAUGUCCGACGUAUACAUAGCGAUCAUAUCAGGCAGAAACGUGAACAACGUGAAGUCCAUGGUUGGUAUAGAAGGUAUCACGUACGCUGGCAAUCACGGAUUGGAAAUUCUGCAUCCAGACGGUAGCAAGUUUGUCCAUCCGAUGCCCGCCGAGUUGGAGGGCAAGGUGGCGAAUUUGAUGCAAACGUUGCAAGACCAACUUUGCAGAGACGGUGCCUGGGUGGAAAACAAAGGAGCUUUGCUGACGUUCCACUAUCGCGAAACGCCGGUGGAAGGACGUUCCGAGAUGGUGGAACAGGCAAAGAACAUUAUCGAGCAAGCGGGUUUCAAAGCUUGUUCGGCGCAUUGUGCCAUUGAAGCGAAACCACCGGUCGAAUGGAAUAAGGGUCGUGCUUCCAUUUACAUUCUGCGUACAGCGUUUGGUUUGGACUGGAGCGAACGUAUCAGGAUCAUUUACGCUGGCGACGAUGUCACGGAUGAAGACGCAAUGAGGGCGUUAAAGGGUAUGGCAGCUACCUUCCGCGUAGCGUCAUCGCACAUAAUCCGUACGUCAGCAGAAAGGCGUUUACCGAGCACGGAUUCCGUAUUAACCAUGUUGAAAUGGGUGGAGAGACACUUGAGCAGACGUAAACCCCGCAACAGCACUGAUAUACCUUCCAGAUUUCGCCGUAGUAGCGCCGGAAUCACCAUGGAAAUGUCCUACACGCCGUCGAAUACGGCGCUAGAAUCGCUUAUGUUGCACUCGUAGAGUAAGACCAAGUAAGUGCGAGAGGAGCGAAUAAUAAUGAAAGGAUAAAAAGAAAUCUCUAGGUGGAUAAAAUCAAAACAACGUAAAAAAAGUAAAAAUAACAAAAAAAAAAAUGAAUAAAUAAACAAAUCAUCGUGAAAAUUAUAUUGUUCAGCGAAGAUAUGAUGGCAAGCACCAUUGUCAUUUGUCAGACAAGUCGAGCGUCAAGAUGAACAGGUAUUUUUGUUUUUUUCGGCGAACUGUACUCGAGACCUUUAUUUAACAAAUCCGAUUAUAUCGAGUCGACUUAAUACAACGCUGUACUUACGCAUACACACCAGCCAAGAAAUGGAAGAACAUUUUCGAUGUGAAACCAACAAAUCAUUCUUUAUCGACUGUUUUCGACGUUUCAUCGAUGUAUCUUUCCGGUGACCAGUUGAAUGGCUCUAUUCUGAAAAAUAUAUAAAACAAACCGCGAGACAAUUGCGGAAAGAGCACGGAAUUUUGAAAAAUGAUGAAUGUUACAUGUGCUAAAUCUCUGUUUCGAACAUGGAGUGUGAAUAUAUAUGUCCUUCUCCUUUUUUUUUUUUUUUAAUGCAACGUUCAUCAUACAAUUGUUACGCUGUAUAAUGAAGCUGAAUGUAGCUUUCGAUUAAGCGUAUUUUACUGAAUGCCGUAGACACAUAGGUAUAUUUAGUUAUGCAUAGUUUCUAAGUUCGCGUUGCUCAAAAAGAGUAUGUUGUAAUAUUGUCAGAACUUAAACAGAAAACUGAUUUUAUUAAACUAAUAUGUAUACCAAUUCCCGAAACAGGUUAUUCUAACGGG